CGACAGAAGUUACAUCAAAAAUCGCACACUACAGUACCAAACAGUAUGAAGAUAAUAAGCUGGAAUAGAUCGGGGUAGAUAUGGUGGUAGGUGGCGCAUAAGGUAGUGCGGAUUUGCAGAUCUCCAGAAGAGAUUCGCCAGACUCCUGAUUGCGUCACUGAGUUCAGACCAGCAGUCUAACGGCGGCCAUCUUAUUUCCACCAAAACUUCCAAGUGCCAGAGAAAAACACUAGCCAGUUCAUUUCUCAGCACACGAAAUGCUCACAAUGUGGACAAUGACAGGCCAUUAAACUUCAUAUCCAGGCAGGCACUUCAGCUUCAGCUCUAAAGAACAGGAAAUCCCAGAGUUCUCUGUGUUAAUCAGAGACAGCAGGGGUUUGGCUGGGAGCCUGCCAUUUUGUGCAGAUCUCCAGGGAGUCCCUUGACUCCUAACGGAGGAGACAUGAAUGCCCAGGGAGAAGCUGGCGCAGGGGGUAUUUUGGCAGCCAGUCCUCAGAGCGAGGCAGUGACCCAUGAGAUGGAGGAACUGUCCCUGCAGCCCAGCCAGAACCUACCACCACUUAAUGAGCGCAAGAACGUCCUUCAGUUGCGACUUCAGCAGCGACGCACUCGGGAGCAGCUCGUUGACCAGGGCAUCAUGCCACCUCUCAAGAGCCCAGCGGCGUUCCAUGAACAGAUCCGCAGUCUGGAGAGAGCCAGGACAGAGAAUUUCCUAAAGCACAAGAUCCGGAGUCGCCCAGAAAGGUCUGAGCUGGUCCGCAUGCACAUCUUGCAAGAGACGGUAGCAGAACCAUCACUGCAGGCUACACAGCUGAAGCUGAAGAGAGCUCGACUGGCUGAUGAUCUCAAUGAGAAAAUUGCACAGCGGCCUGGCCCCAUGGAGCUGGUGGAGAAAAAUAUCCUGCCGGUGGCAUCCAGUGUCAAAGAGGCCAUCAUUGAUGGCCAAAUGCAUUACCCCAAAACACAGGAGUUUGAUGAGGACAGCGGUGAUGCUUUCUCUCCAGAACAGCCAGGCAGUCAGGAGUCCCAUGGAUCUGUACCAUCACCUGCAGAGUCAAAGGUCAUAGAGGCUUCCUCACCACUGCCAAAUAAUUUCAUACAGCACUGCACUCCUGUUGCUCAGGUUACAGGAGAUUUUUUCAAGCCUUAUUCCACCAGUGAGCAUGCAGUAAGUCCUCCAGCUCCACAGCCUCAACCAGUUAUUACACCUCCUUCCAGAUCUGUGCUUCCGCUUAUCAAGCAAAGUCAGCCUAAGUCUGCUGGUGACAAGAGUCGUAGUAAGAAAAACAAAGAGGCCAAACCUCGUGUGAAAAAGCUAAAGUAUCAUCAGUACAUUCCCCCAGAUCAGAAACAAGAGCCAAGCGAAGCCCCUAUGGAUUCUGCUUACGCCCGUUUACUGCAGCAGCAGCAGCUCUUCUUGCAGCUCCAAAUCCUCAGUCAGCAACAACAGCAGCACUACAACUACCAGACCAUCCUGCCUGCUCCUCUCAAGCCUGUGAUUGAGGUUCAGAACACCAGUGCUACUGUUGCCAUUAACAGUGCCCAAAGUCUUCCUGCCUCCAUUGUGGUGUCACUGCCUCCAGCUGCACCAGUGCGCACAAAUAACACUCUGUCAAACCGCAGAGCUGGCACGCUGCCAGCAAACCUGGAGGAGAUGAAGGUGGCUGAACUAAAAAUGGAAUUAAAGCUGCGUGGGCUGCCUGUGUCUGGAACCAAAACAGACCUGAUUGAGCGGUUAAAGCCUUACCAGGAGAGCUCUGUGUCCAUUCCCAACACCACUCUUAACACACAGACCUGCAGCACAUCCAUGGAGGUGUCCAGCACCACCAAAUGCCUGUCACCUGCACAGCACCCCCCUGAGACCCAGAGCCACACACCGCCUGUAUCCCCUGUGUGUUCAGAAGUGCACAAUAAAGAGGACGCUAUGGAGAGUCAGCUGGAGACCCAAUGCCAAAGCAGCAGUAGUGGCCUGCUAGUAGCCAUUCCUGAGGAGCAGGACAGAAGGCUGCAUGAGAAAGAGCGUCAGAUUGAGGAGCUGCUAAAAAAGCUGGAACGGGAACAAAGGCUGGUGGAGGAACUGAAGAUGCAGCUAGAGGUGGAGAAAAGGAGUGGACAGAGCUCUGUCUCCAUAGAAAGUAACAACAGCAUAAGUCAAGCUGCUUCACUGGUAACAGUAAAGACUGAGAGCCCAGUUAUUCCGAAUUGCACACUCGCUCAACAUCACACUCCAUCUGUAGUGAAGCUGGAGAAAAGCCACGCUGCCUCAGUGACAGCCACCCCUUUACCACAGUUCUUCAUCAGUCAUCAGGGCAUGUCGCAGGUCAUCGGGCAGCCCCAGACCCUGCUCACUGCACAGCAUACGGGUACCCAGAUCCUGCUGCCUGUCUCUCUACCCAACAACACCACUACAAUCCAGCUCACUAAUACUAAUGUCAAACUACAGACAGUCCUCCAAGCAGCUGUCUCUCCUCAAGGCCAAGGACCGAUCCAAUCCACUCAGCUACAUUCUGCCAAAACAGAAAACACCUCACCACAGCCUGUCAAUCACAACAAUAUAGUGCAGGCCCUGCCUAUGUGCAGCACUGGUGGGUCUGAUUUUCAGUUUGGUGUUAGUGAGAGACAGACGGGUCUGGAGAUGCCUCGCUGUUUCCUUAGCAGCUCCCCAGAGAAUACUCUAACUGCUCAGACUUCCCCAGUUUUGUCGUCCCUCCCGAACGGCCCCCUAAAUAAGUCUCCCUCUCAGGUCUCACCUGCCUUCAUCCUGCCAUCUGCAUUCAGUCAUCCCCCCAAGGGCAGAGAGCCACCUCGCUAUGAAGAUGCUGUUAAACAGACACGCAGCCUGCAAGCAGCUGCCAUCACACAGCUUUCGACAGCAACCAGUCAGCAGAUGGAUGAUCUUUUUGAUAUUCUCAUUGAAAGUGGAGAGAUCACCCCUUUCAGUCAGGAGCCUUCUGUGCCUAAGCUGAUGCCAGUCACUGCCAGCAUUACCACUUUACCUGUCAACACUGCCCUGUCUCGGCCCCCCGCUCAGGUGCAGAUGGCGCCGCCUCCGGCACUGCUGGUAGAGCCCAUGGCCAGCCUUGCCUCUCUGGCCUCAGACAACCAGCUGGAGGCGCUGCUGGAGGGCACGCUGGGGGGAGAAACUGAGACAGAGCACAGGACUCUAGGGCUUCUAGAAGAGCUGCAAAGCCAGCUGCUGGAUCAACCCCACUCCCCUAUGGACACAUCUGAGUUGAGCUUCAACGAGCCCACUGCACCUUUGUCCUCCUCCUCCUCCUUUAGCCUGCAGGACACAGGCAUGGAUAGCAUGGAGUGGCUGGACCUGACCAUGCCAAGGCCCAAUGGUCCCCUCGACCCACUGGGGAUCGGCUCCGAUUUCCUUGACGCACAUGAUCUGCAGCUGCACUGGGACUGAGAGCACAGUACAUAAUCAUUCUCUCUCGUGAGCCUACACACACACACACACACACACACACACUCAUAUUAUUAGGCUUUAGCAAAAGAGAGAGAAUGGAUUCGAUUAUUUAUAGCAGUGUGUGACUGCGCAGGGGUUUGAGCAGGAUUAUAUCUCUCCUUUAACAAAACCACAGAUUCACUCUGAAGAUGAUGUGAGAUGUUUCCUCUGCUCAUGUGCUGUAGUGCACUUCGGUUUGUGUCAUUCAUCAUUUAGACUCAUGUCCUAAUAUGGCGCUAUGGGAACAAAGGGCCUUCCAUGAGCUACUUCUGGUGUAGGCUAUGUUCUCUUUUUUGUGCCAUCUAAAGAGGGAGCACAUCUUUAUCAGCACGAUUCUAUAUAUUAUUCUCUUCCUAGUCAUGUGCCAAUAAUUUAGUUGUUUUCUGCACAAACUAGAAAUACCUUUGUGACCAUUUUAGACCAGGACAGAAUCCUAUUCCAGAUGUUUUGACUCCACAUUAGAUAAUUAGUUAAUAUUAGUCAGAUUAAUGCACCAUAACACCAUUAUUCUUAUAAAAAAAGGGAUCACUUUACCCGUAACUCAAGUUCGCCUGUUUACUAGACCCCAAUGUUUAUUUAAACUGGGUAAAUCAGUGGGCAGAUAUCUGUAUCUACCAUGCUCAGUCUGACACCAAUUACUCAGAAAACUGUUCUGUUAUGUCAGACCAUUCUUGUUGUGUGCAAGCAUUUCUUUGUGUGUAUAUACACAGGAGGGUGUGUGAGUGUUUGUGUGUGUAUAUCAGGCACUUGACGUCAGUAAGAUCAAAUGGGGAACGUCGCCUGAUGGGCCAGGCCAGUGCUCUCAAAACUGCAGAGCUUGUAUGUAUCAUAUAGUGAAGAUACAACUAUAAUGUGUAACGCCAAGCAGGAUGGUGUAUAUAUUUGUUUGGGGUAUGGAACAACCCUCAGUAAAACACAGUUCUUUUUAGUAACACUAGUCAGACACUAGUCCUGGAGGGUCAGAGUCUUUCAGAGAUGCAUAUUUUCUCUCUUCAAAUUCAGCUCCUAAAAGCCAGAAUCUGAUGCGUUAACUGUGGUAGAUGUUAAGCUCUUUAGUGCUUUUGCACUAUAGGUCAGGAUUGUGUCGGCCCUGAUUAUAGGAAAUGACAGCUGACACUAAAAGCAGUGGCCGUUCAUGCAGAAUAAUAUUAUAACUUAUAGACUUCAUGCUCUUAUUUACACACGGUUAGUAAAUGUAGACUCUUUGUGCAACUCCAUGUGCGUCUGAGUUCCUUCUUUUUGGGUUUUCAGAUGCACCUGGUGCCUUGAUGAGCAUUUCACUAUUUGUUUGAAUCCUCCUGCCGAGAUCUCUCCUUUCAGCCAGUCAGCAGGAGCCUGCGUCAAACUGUAAUGUCCAUUCUAACUGUUAGAGGCAGAGGUCCACCUUACUACAGCUCCCUUUUUUCAGCCAUAAAUGUUUGAGAUUUUCGUGUGGCAUAUGUUUGCUAUCAUUAAGACACUGCGUGAAUGUUAAACAUCGUAGUAGGAGAGAGAAGGGCACAUUCUGGUUUAUUGAUUUCCUUUGUAGUGGUGGUUUCACACACCCAUCUCUUCACUGACCAUAUUUAUAUCCCGUAUGGCCCUCCAUUUUGUCUGCACUUUUCGAUGACGUCUGUCUGUCUUUUGUCUGUGCCACGUUAUUGUCUUCGUGGGUGCAUGUGUACGCGUGUGUGCAUGUGUGUGUGUGGGUGUACGUUGACGUGUCUGUGUUUCACUGUUUGUUAAUGUAUUACUGUGUCGCCAUUCUAAUUCUGCUCUGCGCACAGUACAAAGAGCAAAAAAAAAAACAAGACAAAACAAACAUGGCAGCCUAAGUGAAAAUAUUUAUGUGAUUAAAGAAAAGAAGA